AUGGGCGACUCGGACUACAAGGGCCACAUGAUGCGGGGAGGCAUCAAAGACCUGUGCCACUAUCCCCACAUCUCCAGCGCCUACGCUGUGCAAGGCGAUCAUUUGCGACACUUGCUGAACAAGUCGUCGCCGUCUCACGCAUCAGGCUACGACCCAAAUAUCAACCCACCGCCCAUCCCAACAUCCGCCGACUACUACGGCUUCCACGAGUACCCAUCCGAGCGACAAAAUACCCCGGCUCCUGUUCGAGAGCCUCGACGAUGCAGUUCGUCGGACGUCGGCAUGAUGGAUGGACCCGGCCACGGUCGGAGCGAUGUCGGCUACCCCGGAUACUAUGACAAGUUGAAAACCCCUUAUCGCUAUGAUCUCUAUGGGGCGUACCCCAACCAUCUGACGGUCUCGGCGGCCGCACAUGCCGCCGCCGUUGUCGCUGCCACCCACCACGAGAAGCAUCGCGGCAGCAACAACGAUACCCUGGCCUCCUGUGCCGGCGUGAACUACGCCGACUGGAUGCAGCCCUCCUAUGACUAUGACGGGGAGUUUGCCGAAUACAUCCACGAUGACGAAAAGGAAAGAGUCGACGGGCUCGUAGCGCAUGCCAACGCCCAUCUGAUAUCGCCCAUGACCACCAUGAGCAUGCACCCAAUGCUGCCUGAGAGUCGCGGCUCACACCCCUUCGCCAUGUCCGAUGCCAACUCGACCGGGUUCCCGUACAUGAUGAGGAGCGAGUCCUACGGCAUGAUGAAUCCUUCUCUCAUCGACAAUACAAGCCCGGGCAUGAUGGUAGGCCUUCCGCGCGGCCUCAAGUCCAUCGGUAGCGGCGACAGCAGCAUCAACGGCAUGGGCGGCAUGUCCGGCCUGAGCUCUAUCGGCAGCCUCAGCAGCGUCGUGCUGAACAACCUCGGUGGUAGCUCAGCCAACAUGGGCGGCAUGGGCGGCAUGAUGCUCGGCCUUGGUCCCAUGAACGACAUGGUGGCUGGCCUCGGAAGCGGCAUCUCGGGCAUAGCUGGCGGUGGCAUGGCCGGCAUCAGCAACCCCGACAGCCACGGCAACACUUUUCCCACGAUCGAAGCCAUGGGUCGAGGACUCGUCGGGAUCGGUGGUUUGAUGGACAGCAUGCUCGGCGGACCACGAGGCGUCCUCUCGCCUGGAGACUUUGACAAGAAGCCAGUCCGCGGCAGUCGCAAGGCCGGCCAGAGCAUCCCCGGGGCUAUCGGCGGCUUAACGAGUCUCCCCAGCUUACCAAGUCUCCCAAGCCUGCCGAGCCUGCCGAGCCUUCCCAACAUCGCAAAUGUGCCUCCCUUCCCACACGGACCUGAAGGCAUAGCGAAACUUCCUAUUCCACCCCAAUUGGCCUCCCAGCAACAACAGCAGCAGCAGCAACAGCAGCAGCAAACCAAGCGCACUCGCGGCCAGGGUCAGCCCACAAACAUUGUCGCCACAGCCAAGAUGGACCGCAAGACCCUCAAGCGGUUGCGCAACCGUGUGUCUGCCUCGCGGUGCCGGAUCAAGAAGAAGGUCUGGAUCAGUGAGAUGGAAGAGCAUUCGGCGCUGUUGACAAAGGAGAACGCACAGCUGAUGAGCAAGACCAAGGAGCUCGAGGAGCAGAUUGCCAGCUGCAGGGACCUCCUUGCCCAGGCACAGAUCCAAGGCCGCAUUCACUUCUCGGCCGGCUCUGGGGAGGGCUCGCCAUCGACAGCAGAUACACACCAGCAGUCUCGGGGCCAGCUCGACUUUGGAUCGCUGGGGCCGAGCUCCCACGAGGUCGCCGGCGAGGCACCGUCGCUGUUGCUUGGAUCGCCGGUCGGCCUCAACCCUAUCUGCCUGCUGGAUUCUACCGAGGGCCAUGGAUCGACGCCCUUUGGCUCCUCUCCGAGCGGUGUCGGCAGCCAUCACUCGGCGCCGUCACAGGGCAUCGCGUCUCUUGAUAGCCAUGAUCCUGUCCAGAAAGACUCGGCCCUUCGACCAUGGUGA